GAGGGCGGGGCUACUACUUGAGCAUUCGUGCUCCAAACGCGCACGUGAUCCGCUGUAGUUCCAGGCGGUUUGGGUCCAUCAGAGAGCACAGGGACUAUGGAACUGAAGGUGCGGUUGUGCGUGCUACUGCUAGCACUGAGCGUGUGCGUGACGCUACAGGUGCGCGCCCAGGAAGAGGACGAAGACGAGGACGUGCACGUGGAAGACGACCUGGGAAACCUGGGAGACGAAGAGCUGCUGGACGGAGACGGAGAGGUCGACCUCGAGGACGAAGAAAAGCCGACGCCCACUCCAGCAGCACCUACCGUGACGUAUAAAGCCCCAGAGCCGAAGGGCGAGCACUAUUUUGCCGAGUCGUUCGAUAAAGGAACGCUGGACGGGUGGGUUUUAUCCCAGGCGAAGAAGGAUGGCAUCGAUGAGGACAUCGCCAAGUAUGACGGUAAAUGGGAGGUUGAGGAGAUGAAAGACACAAAGCUGCCUGGUGAUAAAGGCCUUGUACUGAAGUCCAGAGCCAAACAUCACGCCAUCUCCGCUCUGCUACUGCGUCCUUUCACCUUCGACACCAAACCCCUCAUCGUCCAGUACGAGGUGAACUUCCAGAAUGGAAUCGACUGUGGAGGCGCCUACGCCAAACUUCUCUCCCAGAGCGCAGAACUCAACCUGGACGAGUUCGUCGAUAAGACCCCGUACACCAUCAUGUUCGGACCGGAUAAGUGCGGCGAGGACUACAAGCUCCACUUUAUCUUCCGCCACAAGAACCCCAAAACGGGCGAGUACGAGGAAAAACACGCCAAAAAAGCCGACUCGGACCUCCGUACGUACUACACGGACAAGAAGACCCACCUGUACACACUGGUGUUAAACCCAGACAACAGCUUCGAGAUACUGAUCGACCAGACAGUGGUGAACAGCGGAAAUCUGCUGAACGAUAUGACCCCUGCAGUAAACCCUCCCGCUGAGAUCGAAGACCCCGAUGACCACAAGCCUGACGACUGGGACGAGAGACCCAAGAUCCCGGACCCGGACGCAGUCAAGCCUGACGACUGGGAUGAGGAUGCUCCGGCCAAGAUCGCCGAUGAAGAUGCAGUGAAACCUGACGGCUGGCUGGACGACGAGCCUGAGUACAUCAGUGACCCUGAUGCUGUUAAACCGGAGGACUGGGAUGAGGAUAUGGACGGUGAGUGGGAGGCGCCUCAGAUCCCUAACUCCGCCUGCGAGUCCGCCCCAGGCUGUGGAAAAUGGGAGAGGCCUAUGAUUGACAACCCCAACUACAAGGGCAAGUGGAAGCCACCCAUGGUCGACAACCCCAACUAUCAGGGAGUGUGGAAGCCCAGGAAGAUCCCCAACCCUGACUACUUCGAGGACCUGCAUCCGUUCCGCAUGACUGCCGUGAGCGCCGUGGGCCUGGAGCUCUGGUCCAUGUCCUCGGACAUCUUUUUCGACAACUUCUUCAUCACGUCGGACCGCAACGUCGCCGACAAGUGGGCGGAGGAAGGCUGGGGCCUGAAGAAAGCCGCAGAGGGAGCAGCUGAGCCUGGUCUCGUUAAUCAGAUGAUGUCUGCAGCAGAAGAGAGACCCUGGCUCUGGGUGGUCUACGUCCUGACCGUGGCUCUCCCUGUUGUCCUUAUCUUCGUCUUCUGCUGCACUGGAAAGAAGAAGCCAGCGACCUCUGCUGCCGAGUACAAGAAGACUGACGAGCCUCAGCCUGAUGUGAAGGAGGAAGAGGAGGAGGAAGAAGAAGAGGAAGAAGAAGAGGCCAGGGAUGAAGAGUCAGAGAAGAAAGCUGAUGCGGAGGAAAGCCCUGCAGAAGCAGAAGCACCAGAGGAAGAGGAAGCAGACAAACAGGAAGACAAAUCAGAUGAGAAACAAGAGGACGAUGUCCUCAGGAGGUCCCCGAGAAGCAAAGCGAGAGCUAGAAAGGACUGAUGGACUCUUACUGCAUCUGCUCAACCGCAGCCCCUUUCCUGAGUCUCCCUUGACCCCGACUCCCUCCGUCCCUCGGUCUCUCCAUUUACCCUUGUUCUGUCCUCCUCUGGUCUCCUGCUCCGUCCUCACACAAGUGACUGCAGAGAGAAAGAAACCAAACGGUCCGACGGAAGAAAUAUCGCCACUUCCGACUGGUGUGAGGAGGAGGAUGAUGAUGACGAUGAUGAUGACGACCAUAAAUAGAGUAGAUUUUUUUUGUUUGUUUGUUUGUUUUUGUUUUACUAAAAAGAAAAGGAAAAAAACAUGAUCAUUCCUUAAAUGUGCCGUUGCUAAUGUAAAUCCCCCUUCUCUAUCCUUUUCCCAGCUCUCUCUCUCUCUCUUGCGCACACACACACACACACACACACACACCCCUACCUGCUGGCCUCCAGCUGGCAUCUUGCUAGUGUAAUUCAGAGAAAGUGUCAGAACGUGGCAACGCUACAGCACCAUGCUUCAGGCUCGGCUUUUAAAGCAGACGGGCACGUAAAUCUGAACGUAAAUAAGGAGAAAUCCGAAGUGGCCCUGAUCUCCUUCUGGAAACAUAGACAGGAAGGAAGGUUCUGUACCUCUGCACCAUCUCGUCCACACCAUUCCUUGAAGCCCACAUGAUACCUUUUUACACUCGUUCAGAGGUCUCGUUAUUCCUUGUAAACAUUUCUGACCAUGAUCUAGAGAGGAACCCCUUGUUCUUGCACUGCGGGGUGUCCACCCAGAACCCCUGUUAGGCUUUAGGUUGUAGCGCACUGCCUUAUUUGUAGAACGCAGUUAGCUCGUUUUAUUUCUGUGAAUGUACUGUGAGGGGUUUGUGUUUUUGUUUUUUUUUUUUUCCAUUGUACUUGUUUGUUAAUAUCUCUUAAUAUCUCGUUUUGUUUUCACCAGACAUUUCUUUGUACUAAAUCAUGCGUUUUCAUAUUUUUUUUUUUUCUUUUUUCUUUCGAGAAUCAGGGGGACAAACACACCACAACACACCACAACACAACGGGGCUGACCACCCAGGUAGAGGUUGUAGUUUGUAGAUGAGUGAGAGGCUGAAAACUGAGUAUUUCCAUGCUGUUGAUUUGAUUUAGGAUAUGAAGAGAGAGAAAAAAGGCAGUAAGGCUGACGUCCUUGUCUGAGGUGAAUCAUCAGAAACGUAUCCGUACCACCGCUUUCGUUUUCCCAUUGGUGCGCUGAGUCAGCCGUGGACCCCUCUCUGACGGGUGACUCAGCUCGCAUCACUUCCUGUGACAUCAUCCUGUCUGAGCAGCAGCAAAGCACAGCAAAUGCUGCUUUUUUUUAAUUAUUAUUAUUAUUAUCCAUUCAGUACAAUAGAGUAUCCUGAUGUGGUUUUGUUUUGUUUUUUUUUCAUUUCUAAUCGCUAAAGCUAGCUGCCCACGUUGUCCCGUCACAAGUUAAACCCCAAAGACAUGAAAACGGCACUAAAACGGCGCCGACCCGGAGUACACUACUACUUCACCGCUGCCUAAAGACUCUGAAAUUUUGAUCUUACCAUAGUUGCUGACCUCCACCAUCCGCUCGCCAUCCAGCGGCGAAGCAGCGGAGGACGUUGCAGCAAUUCGAGUUCUGUCCCAAGCUUUAUAAAGAGCUGGCACUUUCUUUCUAAAGUAACAGAGUCUACCAUUCGAAUACACAAUCAUUAAUAUCGUCAUGCACUGCUGCUAUUCUAACAUCUCUCUCUCUCUCUCUCGCGCGCUCUCUCUCUUGCGCUCUCUCUCUCUCUCUCUCUCUGAGCAAGCAUCCUCUCUGGCCUUUGCUUCCUACAUCUUGUUUUGUCCAGUAGUGUUUGUUUUUGUUUGUUUUUUUUUAAAUUCUGUCUCUCUUCAAACCAUUUCACAUUUGUUGUACUGGCCGGACAUGGAUCAAUGCGCAUAUGUGAAGAAUGAUGGCAUGAUUAUACCUGGUAGCAUAGUGAGAUUAAGAACUUCCACGUGAUUGACUAUGUAUAUUUCAGGCAAUGGUGUGGCGAAAGGGCUGUGGGGAGGGGUGGGGUGGGGAGGGGUUUCAAAUUCCAUCAUGUUACUUACAAAACUAAAAUAAAUGGAUUCUACGAAAGACGUUCGUCUUCUCAAUCUGGGCGUCGUGUGCUGAUUUAUUUGGUGGGCGGUAGGCCGUUAUAAUUGGAAAUAUUUUUCAGUCACGGAAAUUUGUUUUCCUUAUUACCCUGACGAACUCGACAGCAUGCUUCCUGUCGGUAUAAUGGCUUCUCUUUUAGUAAAUUCUCUUUUUACGAUGCUAUGUGGAAGCAUUAGAGCUACCUUCUAAUAAGGCAGUCCAUGGCUAAAGAUUUUAUAUAAUAUAAUAUAAUAUAAUAUAAUAUAGUGUUACUUCUAAUUUUCUUGAUUUGAACUGUUCUUUGCAUCCCGGUUUUCCUUGCUCUAACAUGGGAAUUGUACGAGUAAAGGCGACAUGCCCUGGGUACGGUCGCUCGUCUCGUCGUUUUGACGGAUGAAAAUAAAUGAUCUGAUGGAGAA